AUGGGCCUGUGCGGGUCAUCGCGGGACAUCCAGCGCAGGGUAGCCCCACUCCACGCCUUGGGAAUGGGACUGACUGAGGCAAGGGUAGAGGCCGCUCCGGCCGCCCCCGGCGCUGCCGUCCCGGACGCCGCCGCCGGGGCAAGCGCCGUCGCCCCAGAUGCUGCUGGCCUCGCCGACGGUCCCGGCACGCGCGCCGCCGUCCUUGUUGAGGUCGCCGCGGACGUCGUCGACGCCAACGCGCGUCCCGACCCGUCCGCCGCCGCCACCGUCUCCGUCACGGCAGCCGGAGCAGGUGUUCCUGUCAUCGCCGCGUCCUUCAUCGCGGCCACCGAGGCUGGCGUCCCCGCUCCUGUCGUGGCCGCCGAAGCAGGCACCCCCACCUCCGCCGCCGCUGCUACCUUCGUUGCGGCUCCCUGGGCGGAUGUCCCCGCCUCCGCCGCCGCCGCUGCUUUCGUCGCAGCCACCGGGGCGGGCGUCCUCGCCUCCCCCACUGCCGCUGUCCCCGUCGUGGCCGCGGGGGCAGACUCUCUCUCCUCCGUCGCCACCGCCAUCCCCGUCAUGGUCGUUGGGGCAACCGCCUCCGUCUCCGGCACCGCCGUCGGAGCCGCAUGCUCCUCCUCCGCCUCGUCGUCGAGGUCUAUCACCACCCCAGUCGGAGGACCCCUAGGGGCAAUGCCCUGCCCCGCAGGGUCGGCCGAAGAGGUAGAGGGCGGAACAGGGGUCAGACCCUGCCCCGUGCCCGGCUGUGGCACCACUCCUCCAGUUGCGGCCACAGGAGCCACCUCCGCGGUAGGGUCCGCGGUCUCCCUGGUGACACCUCCGCUCGCUGCCGACAGGGUCGCGGUCCGUCCCGCGGAGGUGGAAGACACCCGCAGCGCCUUCUUCGGCGCCAGUGACGGAACGAAGUCCCGGGGGGGCGGCACUAUGAAACAACAAAAAAGAACAUCAGCAAAAAUGGCUCGAUGCCAGGAAAGGAACAAGACGCGCGAGGAAUUUCCACUUACACUCCCCCAGCAUGAGGGUGGCGCGUGCGCUUUGCCUCCGAGCCUGAUGCCCACCUCGGGGCAUCCGGCAACGGCCGCUUGCCGCUACUCCUCUGCUCCUGGGCCGCAGGCAGAGGGACGGGGGUCGGCUCCGUCGAUUCCUGAGGCGCGCUCCGCACCGACCCCUGGGGCGCGGCCCCAGAGCUUUGCGGGGCUGAGUCUCGGGCAGGUGGCCCACUCGCUUCGUCCCCCACGGCCGUUUGGGAGCGCGGCUCCCGGAUAA